GAUGAGGAGGGAGGAGGGAUCUGUGCGUGACACAAAUCUCUGCCCUCCUCUCAGUCGCUCCGGGCAGCCGCUCAUCCCGGGCAGAGUGCUACUAUUGCGAGGAGAAGGAGGUGGCGAGACCAUGCCCAAGGUGGCGGUGCCCACUCUGCGAAUGGUUCGCCUGCUGCCGCUGCUCCUGCCGCCACUGCUGCUCAUGCCGUGGCCAUCGGAGGGAAGAAAUCCCUGCCAGGGCCCCCACUGCCCCCAGCCGAGACAGCCGGCGGCCCACUGCCACGGUGCCGAGUGCACCGCCACCACCACCACCACCACCGCCACCGCCGCCGCCGCCGCUCACCACCACCACCACCACCACGCCCCGUACCACCACGGAGCAGUCUUCUUGGAGGGCACCGCUCACGGCCGCGAGUCGGCGGGCAGCUGGCCGCACCCUGCCGACGAUCUCGCUGCCGCUGGAACCUGCAAAGGCAUCGAGUGUCUGCUCCGCUGGAGGGAGAGCCGGGCACGGCCCACACGGCGACACGGCGCUGAGAGAGCAGGUGCUGAACAGCCGCGGAGGGCGGAGGGGCAGCGCGCGGGCGGGGGCAGCGGGGGCAGCGGGGGCAGCCCCGCCGGACCCCCUCGCUUCCUGCCGGGGCUGCACGCCGAGCUCGUUUCCGCUUCGUCGGCCUCGUCCGCCGCCGACUUGGGGUCCACCGGAUCGCCGGGGGUCACGCUCAUGUGUGACGUGAGGCCCGGCGAGAACGAGGUGGCCUCUGAGGAUGCCCUCGUCCUGCACCUGCGCCUGGUGCACGGGCAGGAGCAGCUGCUCGCGCUGGUGCAGACGCAGGUGGAGGCGGCCGCCAAGAUCACGCACGGCCUCAACGAGCAGCAGAUGCGCCUCCUGCAGCAGCAGCAGCAGGUGCUGGACGCUCAGCGCCACCUCGCCGCUCAAUUCGCGAACCUGGAAGGGCUGAUGCGGCAAGAGAGUGAUCUGAGGACCCAGCAUCGGCACGGCACGAAGCGCUGGGAGGACAACCCGGGAACGCCUCCGCAGCCGGAGCCGGCCAUCGACCCACCGCUCUCCGCCGGUCGACCCCAGCACCACCGCCACCACCACCACCACCACCACCCGGCGCUCGCGGGAACGGAGGACGCGACGGGCCUCCUGAGGAUCCCGCCGGGGAUGCCGGGCCUGCCGGCGAUCUCGGGCCCGCGGGCGGUGACGCAGCACGCCGGGCGCGGCUACGAGGCGGACGGCGGCGAGCGUCCCUCGGACUGCGCCCCCUGCGCCGCCGGGGAGUUCUGCGACUUCCAGCGGAUGCCGCCCGAGUGCCGCCGUUGCUCGUCGUGCCAGCCGGGCUUCUCCGAGCUGCAGACGUGCCACCGCAGCACCGACCGCAUUUGCCAGGACAAGGAUGAAUGCACCGAGAACCCAACAUUUUGCGCUGGGAAAUGCCUGAACACGCCAGGAGGGUACCGCUGCGUGGGCAUCAUCGUCUCUCACGACGACGACGACGACGAGUCGUCGCUCUGCGCCGACGGCUACUACCUGGGCUACGAGACGGGCGAGUGCCAGGCGUGCUCCGGCUGCCCCGACGGGCUGAUGCUGAGCCCCUGCACGACCGACGCCGACACCUCCUGCCUGCCGGGCCCCGGCAAACUGGCGGCUGCGUGGGUCGGCUCCGUGGAGCUGCCGCCGCCGCCCCGCGACAGGGCCGCCAACCUCUCGGAGCUGAUGCCGGGCGGCGAAGGGAUCGCGCUGCGCGUCGCGCCCACCCGGGAGACGGAGUCGCUGCUCGGCUUCGCCCAAAUCCAGGUGGUCGGCGGGCGAUCCGUCGCGUUCGGGCAGCACGGCCUGGUGUGGGCCGACCUCAACGUCGCGGCCAAACACAGCUGCCGCGGCUUCCUGCAGGUGUCGCUGAGGCUGAACCGCAGCGGCGGGCACCGCGACGAGCUCGUGGCGGCCAGGAUCGAGCCGACGGAGGACGACAAGCGCUUCCGGCGGAGCGCGUCCCUGAGCUCCACGGCCGAGCUGGAGCCCGGCCACCAGUUCUCGGUUUACCUGAGAAGCCCCGGGCAGCCUUGCGAGCGCAGCGGCGGAGAGUACGCUCACCCGGACCUCCUGCCGGGCUCGCUCAGCUUCCUGUGGCUGUCGCACGACACCGGGGCGGUGUCCCUGCACGCGCACACCAACACGGCGGCUCACUACAACUCCAACUACCGCCCCUCCUUUAAGGUGUCGCAGGUGUCGGACCCCUACGUGAUCACGGCGAACCACGACUGCGCGACGUUCAUCUUCUCGGAGGCCGGCGUCGUCAAGUUCGCCUACCGGCAGGCGCUCUACUCCGUCGGCCACGGCUGCAUCCGCGACGGCUACUCGCUCGGCGUUCACGUGAGCCGCAACGGCAGCGCCGGCGAGAGCGAGGAGGUGACGCGCGUCUACUUCCCCGGCGUCACCUACCGCGACACGGCCGUGUCGGCCGCCGGCGCCGUGGAGGUGCGAGCGGGCGACCAGCUGAGCUUCGACGUGGCGACGUCGCAGCACUGCAGCGUGCGCCUCUUCGGCGACGCGUCGGGGGUGAGCGUCGCCAGCCUCCUGUGGGUGCCGCGCUCCGCCGCCGCCGUCCUCUCGGCCGCCCUCGACAAGUCCGGCGUGGGCACCGGCGCCGUGCGGAACAAGGCCCUGCGCUUCCGGACCGUGGCGGCGCCCGACGGGGGCCAGGUGCUGCUCGAGACGGAGGGGCGCCACUCGGGCCAGCGUUUCCGGCUGGCGGCGGCCGGCGUGGUGAGCGUCUCGUUCCACCUGCGGCUGAUCCACUCGUGCGAGACGGUGCGCCUGUCGCUGCGCGGGCUGCAGAGCGAGCCGCCGUUGCAGCUGCAAGGCCGGGGCCCCGUCGCGCCCCUUCUGCAGCAGGUCGGCGGGCGAGUGAUGGAGGGCAGCCAGUGGAGCACCAUCAGCCUGCGGGGAAGCCUGUCGGUGGAGGCCGACGCCACGCUCUUCUUCACGCUCGACUGCAGCCGCGGCCGGAUAAACAACAUCUUCCACCACCAAGGAUCGCACCUGUUCAUGAUGUGGAUUUCCGCGUAGGCUGCGCGUGUGUGUGUACGCUCGCGCGUGAUAAGUGAUUUGCCCUUACCUGCUGCGGGGGAUUUCAGCCGUCACGUAUCGUUGAAUGAUGGGGCACGUUUCUGAAAUCCACCGCACCGCGUCCGUCCACCCAGGCGGGAUCACCGGGCAUACCACAUUUAAGUCGAUGGCGGGGGUAACGUGUGGCUACUCCCACCGAUGUCCAAGGCGUAUGGCCAGCGUGGAAGAGUAGGCCAAAUACAAACUAGAGGGGUUACUCUAAGAGCACGGUCGAGUGGAGGUCUUUCUACCAGCAGUGAUAUUGUCAAGACAUUGUUAGGAGCUGCGCUUUCGCCUUUUACUUUCUAUAAAUCGGUGAAGUGGAGAGAAGUUAUUCCCGAGGACAAUUGAAACAAACUCUAUUGCAUGACCUCGUGUCUCUGCUAGAUCGCCAUUGUCAUUAGCAGUGGUCUAUCCACUGCUGUAUGAAGGCCUACCCCCAUACCUGUCUUCACUUCUCGUGGUCCUGUGAUUGCCAGCGCACAUCAGGUAAUAAUUCCCACGGCAGCGAUAUGGCCAUUUCGGCCAAAAAUUAAUCGCACUUCUUGGCGUUAAUGCAAAAACAAAUAUCUGGAAUAAAAUAGCCGGUCAGAAUGUUGUUAACAAAAAACUAUUUUGAUUUUACCCCUUUUUCAUUUACAAGUUAGUUAUUUCCCAAACCGUGAAAAUGUAUUUACACGCAAAAAUCUCAGGUUGGCCUCUUUACAAACCUCACGUGCAAAUUACAUUUCUGCACCGGCUAUUCCGCAUAUUCACCACCACCCCCCCCCGUGCCAGAGUGUACGGUGUGAGGAAGGGGACAUUCCCAGAACUACUUCCGAAAAUCUCAAGUCACUUCUUAUCUACACUUUGUAGGGGGGGAGGGCGGGGGCCAAAGCUGACAUUCUCAGAGUUGUCAUUUAUCCACGACCAAAGAAGCGAAUCCAAAUGUAACCGUGACGUCCGUGGGGUAACAGGGCCAUCAACUUCCUACGCUUGACAACGCGGUUUAGUCGUGCACGGCCUCGACACAGAUUCGAACCCAGGAUCCCGGCAGUGGCUGCACCAGUGCUUUGACCUGUGAGCCACCUGUGAGCCACCUGUGGUCUACCUGGCCACUUCUCAGGAGGCGUGUUCUUGGCAGCCCAGUAAUACUGUGAGCGCCACGGUGGCGAGAUGUUAACUACCUCGCCUGGUAUGCAGGGGGUCGUGGGCUCGAUGCUGACCCUGAACGCCUGUUGUAUAUUUGGUGUUUACAUGUCUCUCUCUCUCUCUCU